AUGUCCAUGGAUAGUGAUGGUGGUACUUUAACAGAAAACGGAGUCUGCGGCUUCGACCUGUCCACUUCAAACUUUUCAGUGCACACAGACCAAGGGACACUCUGCCUCGACCACAAGUCCGGCAAAAGUACAUCGGAAAAGAUGGCAUUUGUUAUGCGUGAUGCAAACCGUGAUCCUGAUGCUGUUUCACGCACAACCAGCGUGUCCCGGCGGAGUACGUUGUCUCGCUCGGGGACGUUGAUCAAGAAGAACAUUGCACCUCACGACUUGCGACCUUCGGACGUGAUAAUUGAAAGAUUUGUGGCUUGGAAAGCAAUUGUCAAGCAGCUUAUCGGCAUUGCAGAUAUUGAGAAUAACAUUGCUAGAGAGUUGACCAAGCUUGGAGGCGUGAUACAGGUCCCGUUUCGAGCGGGUAAUCAAUUCUUGGGUGAAGGUGGCCUCCAGGACAUAUUCUAUAACGUACGAGACAAGACGCGAACUAUUGCAGAUGCGCAUGCCAAUUUAGGUCGUACCAUCGACUCCUCUAUCGUCCAGCAUCUCGAGAAACUGCGCGCCGAAAUCAAAGGUCACAUACGAAAUGUCGAGCGAGAUACAGGUCGACUUGCCACUUCUGUUGCAAAAGAAAGGGAGAAUAGUACCAAGCAAAUUGCCGAGCUUGCUCGCGCCAUUGCGCUGUUCAAGAAUACACCCAUGGCUGUCACGGCAAAGGACGAUCCAUAUGUUCAAAAUAUACUCGUUGCCAAACAGCUCCAGAAGCAAGUGCUCGAAGAGAAUGCCCUGCAGAAGAGCAUCGUCAUCAUGCAACAAUCCUCGGCCCAUUUCGAAGAAGGCAUCGUCCGAAGUAUCCAAUCGACCUGGCAAACUUUUGAUGAGUGGCAAUCCAGAAUGUCAUCCACCGUUCAAGACACAUGGCGCAUUGUCGCAGAGUCUAUGGCUUCUCUUUCUCCGGAUCGCGAAUGGAUAGAAUUCGCUGCACGAACGGAUCAUCUUCUUGAUCCCGAGACACCUCUUCGUAAGCCAACUACCAUCGAAUAUCCUUUCAAGAAUGAUGCCAGCGUGGUAGCUGUGCACGUUGGAAUGUUGGAAAGGAAGAAGAAAUGGAGUCGAAUUUGGGGGGAGGGAUACUACGUCCUCACCCCUUCGGGGUGGUUGCAUGAGUACCCAUCAUCCGACCCCGCCACUCGCGCCUCACCUACAUUCUCUGUGUUCCUUCCACUUUGCACGCUUGGCCCACCUUCUACCCAACGCUCUCGGUCUCAUAAAUUCACCUUGGAAGGCAAGAGCGAUGCAGAAGGAAGCCGAAGAAAUAGCAUACUACCCGCUAAACUUGGAGGAAAAAGUAGUCAUGCUUACUCCUUCCGUGCUCGAAGCCACGAAGAAAUGAUGGAAUGGUGGCAUGACUGCAGGAUGCUGGUCGCCCGCUACCUCAUUGCUAGCGAAUCCAUGGAUAGGAGUGGACCAGUGGAGGCUGCUGUCAGAGCCGCGGGAUAUACGAGCGAAGAUAUGGAAGAAGUGAGUCAGGAUGGUUCGUCUGUCGAAGAGGAACCACAUGACGAGCACAGCCGUGAACGGGAAGGUGAUGGUGGUACCUUUGUCACAAGAAGAUACAGUCUUCACGACGAAGCUGUACCUGCAUACAGCCAGAAUGGCUACCAGCAGCCUGUGGCAACUAAGCGAGGCUCAGGAAUUGAGAUUGGUCCCAAUGGAUUCGCUUUGGAAAAGAAACGUUACACCCCUCCUGGCGGAUACGGUCAAGAAGAGGUGACGGUUGGCGAUGAUGCUCCUCCUGCCAAUACAAAUGCGGCGGAUGUAACGCGUCGCCCAUCAAAGAGACAACUCGAAAAGGCACCUGAAGGGCGUCAGCCGCGCAUGCCUCCUGCCUCUCCAACUCCAGGCGGAGAGGCAGAUCGUAUCGUGAUCGAUCAACCUACCACGACGCACGAUGUCGAAGGGAACGGAAAUACGUAUCAUGCCGAAACAAACUCUCGAUUUCCUGCCUAUCCCCUUAUUGUUACUCACUAUGAAUACACAUUUUUCAAUAACGGUCUUCUAAAGGAGAUUCAAGGGAGUUACUUCCUUUGUUUGAUUGACAAUGAAAUCGGUAUAGAUGAGAUUACAGGUACAAUUACGAGAAAAGAACACAACAAGGAGAGUACUGGAAAGUUGAAUAAGGAUACAGGCUCCUAUAAAACGAUCCCUUCUUGUGCAACUAUGUGA